CUAUGUGUUUGGGACUAAGUCAACGUGUUACUCUUCUGGCCUGCGCCCACCCUAGUCCCAUCAGACAGGACUUCCGACAGUCCGACAGGCAGUGACCAGAAACCAUCGGAUGAUUCCUGGCGAUGAAUCUAAGAAUCUACAGAAUGAAGGCGGUGACCGGCGGCAGGAAAGGGAGCGAAGCGUCCAUCGCACCCCCGCCUGCUGGUCUGCUGGUCUGCUGUCUUGCCCUUUGCCAGAAUCCUGGAUCCCCCCUUCUCACUCCCUGUUCUCACCCGUCCACGUUCUCUCUCGCCCUCUCACAGAAUUCCACGGUAGCUGCAAUCACGUUUGUCUACGCUUCCUGCAGAAACUCCCUCUCUCAGAGGCAACCCAAGUGGCGGUCGGGGGCUGCACGGCACGUAAGUUCUGCCGGCUUCACCUCCCGCUUCUUCAUCUCGACGACUGCAAUCCCCCAUCCACCCUACUUCUGUCUAUCCUCUAGUCGCCCUUUUCCCCUAUCACCCGUUCUCCUUGAUCCUCGGUCCGCCGUGACUUCUUUUUUUCAGCCGCUCCGCGCUUCUUUUUGGAUCCCCACGAACCAAUGAAAACGACGUAACAGCCUGCCGAUAUCACCGUUCC